AUGCGGCUGUCUGCGUUCCGCGCGUCGUCUUCUUUCUUCUUCUUUUCUUUCGCUCUCCUGUCCCUCCUCUUCUUAAAUGGACAAUUCGGUCUCGCCACGGCUGCUGGCUAUCCUCUCUUGAAGGAGCAGUGGGAGUUCCAGGCUCAGCUUCUCACCACCGGGGCCACCAACGUGGUGCUCCUCUUUGGCAUUUUCCGCAGUUGGCAAGUGGGGUUGCCACUGGAUGCUUUCGUCGGGUUCGCGGCCAUGGUGACGUCCGUCGCGUACCACACUCUCCAGACGCUGGAAGGGAACGAUCCGGAUGCUUUCCACAGAGCGUACUUCCUUGGGGGGACGGAAAGCGACUGGCACAGAGCAGACAACGUCUUCGCGAUCACGUGCAUGAUCUCCUUCUUCGCUAUGCCUCUCCAAUUCGUCAGCCCCAUCUGGGUUCUCAUGAGUCGGAUGGUGCCACUCUGCGUCGUGGUCAUUACCCAGUGUCUUCAACCGUGGAAUUUCGCAUACACAAUGUACCCGAUUGUCUUCUUCGGCUGCGGAUAUCUGGUGAUGCUCGUCGUGGGUGGCGUGCGGCCGCGCCUGCAGAGGAGGGCGUGCCUGUACAGCGGAAUCACGUUUCUUCUGGCCGCGGUCUUCUUCUUCUUUGGAAUGGAUGACGCAAACGACUAUUUGAGGAUCAAGCACGGCUUGUGGCACAUCUUCAUCGGCGCCUUCGUUUACUUCUGGACGGACGCGUGCAAUCCGCCUCAUGUGGUGCAAACGCGACAGCGGCUUCUCUAUGCAACCGCCAGCGACGCCGUUCAUCUCCUGGCAGAGGAGCACAAGCACGGCAAAAAAGCGACGCACGCGUCUUCCGGUGUCGAGAACGCGUCAGCAGAGGCCGCAGUGCAAAUGAUCAAACUUUCUUGA